GGCAAGGUCGGAGCCAGUGGAAAAACUUCACCCGUCCUGAUAGCAGCCGUCCUGAUAGCGGCCGUCUUGGUAGCCAGGCGCGCCUUAAAGAGACGGGGGCAAGGCUGAGUCUGCCUGCCCUCCCCCCCUUUUCCUGCCAACUUCUUCCUGCAGGUUGUGAGCUUAUGUUUGAGCGUGCUGAUUCCAUCAUCGUCGACAACGGUGCGCGACGCGGUGUCGCCGACAUUGAAGACGUGGCCGAGAUCAGCGAAGAUGCAGUCGACAAGAGCGAGAUGACAUUCGAGAGUGGCGGAGACGCAGGCCAGCGGGAGACAGUGGCGUCGCAGACGCGCUUCUUUCCACGCAGCUUUACGCUGCCUGCUGCCCCGCCACUCGACGCCCUCUCCAGCGACAAGUGGGCUGUCGGCCGGCUUGCUUUCCAGGCGCUUGGGGUCGUGUACGGUGACAUUGGCACGUCGCCACUUUAUGUGCUGAACGGCAUCUUUCCAACCGACGGUCCAGUCCCCCCGAAAGAGGACGUCAUAGGCAUCAUCUCCACCAUCGUCUGGAUCUUUACCAUCGUCGUCAUGGUCAAGUACGCCGCCAUUGUCCUGAGAUUCGGCACGGGCCUGGGAGAAGGCGGCACGUUUGCGCUCUACCAAGGUCUCUUUCCCCGUCGCAUCUGCGACGAGGACACGGCAGAGAGGGACGAAGAGCAGCCAUCGGGCAAGAACAAGGACCGCCGUGCGCUUUUGCUCAGGUAUCGGUGGUGCAAGCCCCUCCUGUGCGCAAUCGCCCUGCUCGGCUCCGCACUCACAAUGGCCGACGGCGUCCUGACGCCCGCUGUCUCGGUGCUCUCUGCCGCGGAGGGCAUCCGCGUCGUCAAGCCAGAGAUCGGCAACGCGACGGUGCCCAUCUCCAUCGCCAUUCUCGCCGCACUGGUGCUGCUGCAGUCGCUCGGUGUCAAGCGGCUCGCGUUCCUUUUCAGCCCCUGCGUCCUUCUCUGGUUCCUCUUCCUCUUCAUCACAGGCGCCGUCAACUGCCACGCCUACCCGGGCAUCUGGCGCGCCUACGACCCGUCGCGCGCUGUUCUGUACUUUGUGAGGACGGGCAACUACGACGCGCUCGGGGGCGUGCUCCUGGCCAUCACCGGCUGCGAGGCCCUGUUCGCCAACCUGGGCCAGCUGGGUCGCCGCGGCAUCCAGAUCCCGCUCGUGCUCGUCGUCUAUCCGAGCCUGAUGCUGGCCUACCUGGGCCAGGGCGCCAAGCUCAUCACCGAUGGCCCCACUGUCCUGCCAAACAUCUUUUACCUGACGAUUCCCGGCGGCCAGGGCAACGCCGUGUACUGGAUCGGCUUUGCGACGGGCCUCCUUGCGACCAUCAUCGCCAGUCAGGCACUCCUCACCGCCUGCUUCAGCAUCGUCAGCCAGCUCGUCCACAUGCGCUGUCUCCCGUCGCUCAAGCAAAAGUUCCCCAGCGAUGACUACGGCCAAGUGUACAUCCCCGUCGUCAAUUAUACGCUCGGCGUCCUCAUCAUCGUCGCCGUGGGCGCGUUUGGGUCCUCGGCCAAGCUUCUCAACGCAUACGGAUUCGCGGUCAUCACGGUAAUGCUGAUCACGACCUUUGAGAUUGCCCUGAGCAUCUUCUUUGUCAAGCGCCUGCCCUGGGUCCUGGGCCUGCUCUUUUUCGUCGCCUUUGGUUUUGUCGAUGCGCUGCUUUGGGGCGCCGUGGCGAAAAAAGUGCCCGAGGGAGCCUGGUUCAGCCUGACCAUUGGUGCGGUCCUGUGGCUGAUCAUGCUUCUGUGGACGUGGGGCACCCAGCUCGUCGACACCUUCGACCGCGCGAACCGUGUCCUGCUGUCGGACUUUCUCGUCGCUGGUCCAGAUGCUACGUCGGACCAGGGCUCCCUCCUCGUCAGGGCGCUCGACGGCCGCGAAAAGCCGCUUCUCCGCAACAACUGCUCGACGAUCUUCUGGAGGCCCGUCGCUGCGGCCCCAGAGUGGGCCAAUGGAGCCACAUCGUCGCCCCAGGCUGGUCACGACAACGCCCAAGCCGUGACCGUACCCCACAGCUUCGCCCACUUCCUCACCAUGUACCCAUCCACGGGCACGCGCACCGUCUUUUUGGCCAGGCAGACGUUUGCUGUGCCCUCCAUCGAAGAGGAGAAGCGGCUCGUCGUGCGGCCGCUCGUCGACGGCGGCAGCUUCAUCCCAGGCUUCUACACCGCCACGCUCCGUCUGGGCUACAAGGACCACGUGGAGAUGGGCCCCUUGAACGCAGCUCUGUCGGAGCAGAUGGCCUUUUUCGAGGGCAAGUCGGCGCUCUUUUCGAUCGACGAGGCCUGCGACACCAUGACGCAUAUUUAUCCCUCCUACUAUCCCGCGGCAAAACCCCUCCAGCACUCCGCCCGCAAUCUGGGCAAGGAUGCAUCAAAGCUGCCAAGUGUCGGCGUUGCAGCCAAACUGGUGGUGUCGACCGCGGUCGACGUCGCCCGCCAGUGGCUCAUCGAAGAAAUCUAUCGGCGGACGAGGGCAGCGCUCGCCGAAGAGGAUGGUCCCUUCGAUGCUCGGGAGCAGAUCAUUCGGGUCACAAUCACGGCCGUUGUCUAGUCCGUCUAUCUGAAACUUCCCCUUGUCAGACC